CAGAAAAUAUUUGUAAUUUCAAAAAACACGCACAAGCCAAAGUGACGCACGCAGCGAAAUCGAGAAUAAUUUUUCUAAGGAAAGUGAUCGAAUUUUGAGUUUUUUUUUGUUGUUGUUGAUGCGAAGAGAACAGAGAUGGUGGCUGAAGCAGAGGUUAUGUUCCAACAGAGUUUACCGGCGGUUUUAGAUGUCAAACUGUUAAGAGCAUCAACCGGCGUUGCAGAUAUAGACGGCGCCGUUAAAUCACCAGUUUCUUCGGCGAACUCGAGCAUCCGUCUCCCGGCGGCGUCGCUCUCCGCCGACUUAUCGACUUCUCUUUCGGGUUUAAGAUGUUCUGAAUCGGAUGAUGAUGAUUGCAGUUCUAGUGUCUCUUUCUAUGUACCGGUUAUCCGCUCUGGUAGCUAUGCUGAUAUUGGACCAAGGAGAUCCAUGGAAGACGAACACAUUUGCAUUGACGACCUAUCUUCUCGUGUUAAGUCUCUUCAUGACUUGCCAAAGCCCACUGCUUUCUAUGCGGUUUUUGAUGGUCAUGGAGGACCAGAAGCAGCAGCUUACGUAAGAAAAAACGCAAUUAAGCUAUUCUUCGAAGACCAUAAGUUUCCACAAACAUCGGAAGUGAACAGAAUCUUUGUAGAAGAAGUCAAGAGCUCUUUGAGGAACUCGUUUCUUCAAGCCGAUCUUUCUUUAGCAGAGGACCGUACCAUCUCCCCUUCUUCUGGUACAACGGCUCUUGCUGCCCUUGUUUUUGGAAGACACUUAAUGGUGGCAAAUGCAGGGGAUUGCAGAGCUGUUCUCUGUAGGAACGGUGAAGCCAUAGACAUGUCUCAAGACCACAGACCAAUCUACUUACCCGAGAGAAGAAGAGUGGAAUCAUGCGGCGGCUUCGUUGAAGACGGUUACUUAAACGGCAUUCUAUCAGUCACACGAGCUCUUGGCGACUGGGACAUGAAACUACCGCGAGGCUCACAUUCUCCUCUCAUAGCAGAGCCGGAGAUCAAACAGAUACGUUUGACAGAGGAAGACGAGUUUCUGAUAAUGGGAUGCGACGGGAUAUGGGAUGUGUUGACGAGUCAAGAAGCCGUUAGUAUCGUCAGGCGUGGAUUACGCCGUCACGAUGAUCCGAUGAGAAGUGCCAGAGAGCUUGCUUUGGAGGCUUUGAGGCUUAACACGUUUGAUAACCUAACUGUGGUUGUUGUUUGUUUCUUGCCGGCGGUGGCGGUUCCUACGGUGGAGAGGCAACGGUGUUGUAGUUUGACGGCAGAUGCUUUUCAGAGCUUGAGGGCCUUAUUGGACGGCUGAAUUGAAAAGAUGAUGACGUUCCCUUUUGUGUUCUUGGCUGAUCUUUUUUUGGUUGCUUUUGUGUAUAUAUGUUGUAUGUAUGUAAUGUAACUUCAAGUGUCUACGUAUUUGCUCCACUUUUUGUGUAAGCUAGCGGUUAUUUGCUUCGUGCAUGGAUUCAAGGCUGUGUAUUUUGUCAAGCAGCCAUGUUAAACUCGUAAUCAUCUUUUCUUCUCUUGUCAGUACUCCA